AUGGCGACGCCCGUCCCUCCGCCCUCUCCGCGGCACCUGCGCCUGCUGCGUCUCCUGCUCUCAGGCCUCGUCCUCGGUGCGGCCCUGCGCGGGACCGCCGCCAGUCGUCCGGAUGCGGCCACCUGCCCCGGGAGCCUAGAUUGUGCCCUGAGGAGGCGGACACGGUGCCCCCCGGGCGCACAUGUUUGUGGGCCCUGCCUCCAGCCCUUCCAGGAGGAUCAGCAGGGACUCUGCGUGCCCAGGACCCGCCGGCCUCUGGGGAGGGACUCCCUCCAACCCAGGCUGGAAGAUGAGAUCGACUUGCUAGCUCAGGAGAUAUCUCAGCCUGAGGCAGGGCCCUGGAGGCGCACGGAUGGGCCGCAGCCCAAGGGGAGACAACAGCUUUUGGAGCCUGCGGCAACUCCGGGGCUCUCGCAACGGGGCCAGGAACCUGAGCUGGACCUCCCCGUCUCUCAGGGAGCCCCAACGCCUACACCCCACACCUCCUUGGGUUCCCCAGUGUCCUCGGGGCCUGUACACAUGUCCCCCCUGGAGCCCCGAGGUGGACGCGGGGACGGCCUGGUCCUUGUGCUGAUCGUGGUGUGCUCCGUAGCUGGUGCUGCUGCCCUCGCCAUGGCCGCCCUCUGCUGGUGUAGGCUGCAACGAGAGAUCCGCCUGAGUCAGAAGACGGACUAUGCGGUGCAGAAGGGACCUGUCUCCCCAAUAUCGCCCCGGAUUUCGCCUGGGGACCAGCGACUGGCGCACAGCGCUGAGAUGUACCACUAUCAGCACCAGAGGCAGCAGAUGCUGUGUUUAGAGCGGCAUAAAGAGUUGCCCAAAGAGUUGGACUUGGCGUCCUCGGACGAGGAGAACGAAGAUGGGGACUUCACCGUGUAUGAAUGUCCGGGUCUGGCUCCGACAGGAGAGAUGGAGGUACGGAACCCUCUGUUUGAUGACUCCUCUCUGGCUGCGCCCCCGCUGGUCUCACGCUCGAUGCCCCCACUGCAGUGA